UAGGGUCACGUUUCAUCAAGGAACACCACUGACAGACAUGGGACGAGGUCUAUUGCUACUCUUACAAGAUUUUCAAAGCAAAGAAGCUAUUCCGUCAACACAAUGGAAUACACUGAAGAGAUUUGUGAGGAAUUUAUUACAAGGGUUUUCUUGAUGCAAAUUUGUCCAAUCUAGAAAGUACUAUUUUACAAUUUCUUACAGGACUACUACAGCUGUGCUCCAAUCGGUUUUGAACUCGCACAUUGUGUUAGUGCUUCCUUGAACUUUACAGUCUAUUUGGGGUGACAGAUGUAUUUAAUCAUUUUUGUCAAUUAUGUGAAAGAGUUAUCUACUCUUGAUAUGGAAGAUGAAUGAAGAUCCUAAUAAAAAACAGGCUACAUAAUCUUAUGUUAUCAAUCAUCAUUAUGAGUGAGUUUCCUUCUGCAGUCAAGAAAUCUGAGCAGAGAAUUUCCUGCAUCUGUCCUUGUCUAGCUCUGUCCAUCUAAUUAAGGGAAGCAGUGAUCAACCAGACUCCAGUCCUGUUUUGAGUUUAGACUUUUUUGGGAGCUGUUUGAACAGUUGGUGUAGGGUCACCAUGACCGGGGUGGCAGUGUGCAGUGGCUCUGUCAGCUCUAUCAAGUCCCUUUGGGAGACUAGAAUUAAGAAAACAAAACAAGAUCUGCAGAAGCAACAAGAACAAAGGGCCGGUGUAGGUAGGGUGAGACAUAACUGGGAAGAUCGGAUAAUAUUGGCCAAGCUGAAAGAGAAGGUGGUGACAGAGGAAGGACGUGUCAUUUUAAGGAUAGAGAAAGAAGAAUGGAAGACUUUGCCUCGAGCCUUGGUUCACUUUCCUCAGCUCAUGGAGUGGCAGCUUCACAGGGUUGGACUACAGACAAUCCCCCGCUUCAUUUCCAGCUUUGAGAAUCUGCUUGUUCUUGACCUGUCCCGAAAUGCCAUCACAGAGAUCCCAAAAGAGAUUGGUAAACUGACCAGGCUAAGGGAGCUGCUGGUGAGCUACAAUAGAGUGCAAAGUGUUCCAGAAGAACUGGGCUGUUGUGAGAACCUGGAGAAACUGGAGCUGGCAAUGAACAGGGACCUUGACGAGCUGCCUUCAGAGAUUGGCAACCUGAAGAAGCUUUGCCACUUGGAUCUCUCCAUGAACCAGUUCACCGAGAUCCCAGAGAGUGUGGUGAGUCUGCCUGCCCUGGAAUGGUUGGAUAUGGGUGGAAAUCGGCUGCAGAGCUUACCACAUGACAUCCACAGAAUGGAGAAGCUGCAUACUAUGUGGCUGCAGAGGAAUGAACUGGAGUUCCUGCCUGACAACAUCUGUUACAUGCGAAGCCUGGACACGCUGGUGCUUAGCAACAAUAAGCUACAUGACAUUCCCUCAAUGAUGGAGGAUAUGAACAACCUCAGGUUUGUGAAUUUCAGAGACAACCCUCUAACAUAUGAAGUGGAGCUGCCUGCUGCCCCGAAGAAAUCUGAGGAUGAGGAAGAGGAUGACAGAGAGAUGUUUGGCCGAGAUUUCAUGCGCGUCUACUGCCAGGAGGCACGGAAAAGAGUUAACGCCAUGCUAAAUAUGCAUCGUGUAAAUCCACCUGAGUCAAACUACACCUCAGAACUAAAUGUGAUCCUUGAAGCUGUGGCAGAAUCUGCACCGUCAUUGUGACCUACUGUAGCAGUCAUUCAUGUUGGCCUCUGUCGGUUCCUGCCUUGUCCGUUGUGGACAGCGUCUCGUCCUCCGUGUGGUGACGGCCUGGUCUUGUCAAGCAUGUCCUUCUGAGCAUUUCUUCAUCUUUUUGGGAAAUCUAACUUGUCCAACAUUGGGGUCAAAUCCACUUAAAUUUCCUGGACAUUUUUAAAAUAAUUUACAAAAAUUAAUUGACUACACUUUAAAUGGAAUUGACUCCAACCAUAGUCUUGUCUGCUAUGUCCUGAGCUUUUUGCCCUGUUAACAGUCUGUUUUCUUCUGUUGCCAGUCUGUUUUCUUCUGUUGCCAGUCUGUUUUCUUCUGUUGCCAGUCUGUUUUCUUCUGUUGCCAAUCUGUUUUCUUCUGUUAACAGUCUGUUUUCUGUAACUGCAAACAGGUUGCUUGCUUUCUUGGCUUAAAAAAAAAGGGAAAAGUAUCAAGAUAAAUAGCACUGCUCAAAAUAGAGAGUUGUGCUGUCCGUGCACCGCGCAUGUUGCACUGUCAAUGGAAUUUAUUUUCACCGCGAGGCGGGAAGUGCAGUUAGCAACACGUUUUCUAGAGAAACGUCUGAGCUGGUGUAGUAGAGUAGGCGGGAGUCAAAUCCCUUUUGCUGCAGGAAGUGAACCCUGCCCUGGUCAAUCAGCAGCUUGCACAGGCGUCCUAUGUGUUCACGGUCCUCAGCAUUCAACACUCUAAUAGUACAGAAGAAAAUAAAAGAUGAAGCAAUUGAGGUUUAUGUUGGACACAAUGUGAUGACAGGUCUUCAGUCUAUGUUACAAUGACUAUGCGACAUGGGUGCAAUUUAUGUCUACAGCUCAACGGCAAUACUCACCCUUCCAAGCUGUCUAGUUCAGCCUCUUCUGUCGCCUCGUGCUCCUCUUCCUCAAACGUUUGGUCAGUUUGACCUUGUGGUGGAGAGGUCUGUCUUGCUUGUCUCGAGCCACAGGUCGCCCAACUUGACAUGCGCAGGAAGGCAGCGAACUCAGAGGCACCUAGUCCUUUCUCCUUGAAGAACUCCUUGCCUACAUAAUGCCUCCAGUCACAGCGGUGGUGGCAGCACAAGGCGAUGGCCACCCCACCUACCCUCAGCUCCUGGCCAGCAGCAGUCUCCCCUGCCGCCCUGGGAAUGGGCUGUAGCUCCGGUCCUGUAGACUCUCCAGGCUGCUGCUGGAGCUUUGAACGCUUGCUGGGUGGCUGAUCUUCGAUCCCAUGGGGCGCAGCCUCCGGGUUGCCCAGUAGGCAUUGAAGAGCAAGGUCUAUUCAGUGCGGUGGAGGUUAGUGAGCAAGGAGUGAAUCAAAGACGCAUUAAUCAAUAACUAUUCUUUUUGGAACCACUUCUAUGAUGCCUUUCAAAAUUCAACACCAUUCAAGAUUCCAGUACAAGAUCUUACCCCCCUGGUGAGACCUAGUACUCAGAUGUAGUGCCUGGUCUUACCUGUUGCUGCGCCACACAAGUGUUUGCCCACUCCAACCACUGGAAGUCCCUUUUCUUGGAGGAGAGGAACUUUACCUAAAAGGCAAAUAACAGGAAAAGGUUUCAGAAAAGCUCAACUCAUCGUGCCUGCUAGUGCUUUGUUCAAUUCUUAAAUCAACUCUGUACUUGGCUGUACAAAUCCUUCUAAUCUUCAUAAUAUAUAAGUGUGCUUCCCAGGCAAUUUGUCAGUGCCCACUUGUGUUUGAAGGGUGAUCUCAUCACGUACAUUUUUAGAGGGUGUGGCAUCUCUUUCACUGUGUUGAAAAGUAUAAUCCACUUCACCUCCAGAAAACACUAACAGGGUAGGGUGCCUGUAUGUGAUGACGUCUUACAUGAUAACUGAUUGACUGUUUUAUGUGAAUAAAUAUUAUUCAAAUUAAA